UACCAUAUGAGGAUGUUUUAAAUGAAAAAAAUAUGAUUCAGGGCUCAAAUUUAAACUGCAUAAUUUAUAUGUUUAGAUAUUGAAUCACAAGGCAUUCAAAUUUUUUCAAUUGGUCGCCAUAUCAUUAGCUGCUUAUUGCUACAGGUACACCUAUUCAGGAUACGCAGUAUGAUGUCGGGAACAGGAAGCUCCAACACGCCCGAUGUGAUGAUAAGCUACAACUUAGGAAGCAAAGAAGCUGCUUUAAAAAUACGGGACAAUCUGCAACAAAAUGGUAUAACUUGUUGGAUAGACGUAGACGUAGAAGCAGACAGUUAUAUGGCGGGGUCACUCCAGGAAGCAAUAGCCGCAGCUAUAGAGAACUGUACAGUAUUUUUGACGUGUUAUUCUGAGAAGUACUCGCAAAGCAAACUUUGCGAAAAAGAAGCCGAGUAUGCCAAUUCGAGGAAGAAGACAAUUAUCUCGUGUAAUCUGGAGGCAGACUUUGACCCCAGCGGAACGUUAAAUACCAUUAUUGGUAGCAAACUUCUCUUCAAUUUUUCUGGAAAGUAUCCGUUUGAAAAACAAAUGGAAAAAUUGAUACGUGAGAUCCGAUUACAUCUGAAGGACAAUGACAAUCAGGCAAGGAUGCUUUGACCAAGUAUACUGACAUGAUUAAAAACGAUCUUAUCAGUAAUUAAAGUAGGUCAUGCAAUUUCUAUGGAAACAUCCAUUCUUAUCUUUCUUUUAAUAACACCUGUAAAUUUGCCAUUCAUUUUUGCAUUUAAUGUAAAUUUAAUUUACCUUGUGAACUAGUGCCAAAAAACAGAUUCAAGGCUUUUUGUUUGAUGAUGUUAAUGGUUUUUAAUGUGAUAGAAAUAGAAUAUAUAUUAAAGAAAAAAACCCACGCUUUAUAUUCUUUGUUUU